AUGAAUGCUGGCCCAUCUUGGACUAAAGUGCAGCAUCCAGAAAGUUCUGCAGGAAAAAGACAGAGUCAGCCUGAAGGAUGCCGUGUUUCUUCCCGGCUGAGAAGUAGCCUUGUGGGUGUCUCCCAGCCAGCUGAGGAUAAACUUAAAGAAAGCGUUUCCCCGGAAGCAAAACCUGAGAGGAAUCCACUUGGACCCAGUAGGUGUCAGGGGGCCUCAGGGAACAGAUUGUUUCUUGACUUUCAGUCAAUGAAAAUUAUUAAAGAAGAUGCCGAUGAAGACAGUGCGAGUGAUCUCUCCGACUCCGAGAGAGUUCCCAUCCCCCCUUCUCCCCUCACACCUCCGGACCUGAAUCUUCGAGCUGAAGAAAUUGAUCCAGUGUACUUCGAUCUUCACCCAGGCCAGGGCCAUGCCAGACCUGGAUACUGUUAUCCUGAUUUCCUCCCACCCCCUUUUAGCUCCUGGGACCUACGGGACAUGGCCCUGCUUCUGAAUGCAGAGUGUAAAACCGAAGCCAUGCCACGAGCGGGAGGACUUCUUGGGAAGUAUAUCGACAGACUUAUUCAGCUCGAGUGGCUGCAGAUCCAGACUAUACAGUGUGAAAAAGGGAAGGGGGCCAAAGCAAGGCCCCCCACUGCCCCAGCGACCUCAGGGGCUCUGAAGAGCCCUGGGAGGAGUAAGCAGAUUGCUAGCACUCUGUCCAAGCCACUACCUCACCAGGAAGGGGCUUCAAAGUCAGGCCCUUCACGAAAGAAAAAUGUUCACCAUGAAGUCCAUCCAUCAUACCACAUGUUAGAGGCUUCCCCCAAACCCAGUGAUAUACUGGGUAGCAGCAGGUUAUGUUCUCAGAAGCAAACCCGUGAAAUGAGGACAGAAGAGAAGAAAAAAAAAUCCAGUAAGAGUACAAAGCUGCCACGUUGGGAUUUGUCCUGCAAUGACAGCUGUAAGGUGGAAGCCAAUGGUAACAUUCGAAUUCCCAGACAGUCAGCCGUGAUUCUGGACUCAGCGGACUCUUGCAAGGCCACCAGAACACAAGCACAUGCAAAUCUUAAGAAAAAGGGAAAUGCAAAUAGCUGUAGUCGUGCCACCAGUAUAUCCAGUGAGAAAAAACUCAAAACAAAUGGAGUAAAGCAAAACACAUACAAAUUAAAAUGA